UUAUAAAUGUCCUCCAGCUUCCCAGCCUAUGCGUGCUCCCUGGCUGCGCGCAGCACCGCGAUCUGGUUCCUUCUGUGUCUGGAGGUGUGAGGUCCCGAUCAUGUGAUCACUGAUUGGCCAGUGAUCACAUGAAUAGUAGUAAUCAAGAUGCACUAGUAUACAAUGGAUGGCAUCAUGAAAGAAGCCAUCCAUUGUUUACAACUGUCAUGAGACCUGCUGUGAUUGGUCACAGCAGGUCACAUGGUACAAGGCUGUUGUGAAUAACCUUGUACCAUGUGA